CAAUGAAGCCCUUGAAGAAGAGAGUAAGGCAAAAGAUAUCAACAUUAUGGAGCUAAAGGAAGAAAUUGAAGAACUAACAAGGAAGCCUGAAGAUGCAUGUGAACACAAUAAGUCCAUCAAACAAAACCUCGUCUCUCUAAUUCAAACUUUCUCCAACCGAGAAGUCACCAGCCUCUUAAAAGAUUGGGAAGUUUAUGAUGAAGAUAACUUAAAAGAUAAAGAGAUAAAGUUUGAUCAGAAGACUUGACUUACUCUUGAUCUCGAGAAUGAUAACCAUCUGGAGUUCUUAACUAAAAUUAACAAAAGAAUUCCAGACUGAAGAUCCAUUAGUAUUGCUUCCAUACCUGGAGAGAAUGAAGUUGUUAAGACUUUCCUCAGGCUUUAUUUCCCCAACAAGGUUGAACACUUUCAUUUCAAUGAAGAUUCAGAUUUAAGUGGUUGUCUUUCUUUCUACAUGACCGAACUGGAAGCAUUGAGUUCGAAGGUUGAGGAAAGAUUUUGGAUUUGUAAUUUUGAGGUCAGCCAGCACCAGAUGAAAACACUCUUAGCGAAAUACAAACGCAAGAGAUGGUUUGGAUUUUAUAACUGCAAACUAGCCCUGUCCUCGGUGCCUGACUUCGGAGGAACUCUCAAAGGAAGUCAAUUGGAAAUAUUAGAUUUGCACUGUUGAGGAAUAAGUGAUCUUGGAGAUUGGGAGAACAACCCGGCCCACUUUAAAAACUUAAUCGAGGGUUUGGCCAAGGAACAGGAUUUUAAGAAUAAUUUGAAACAUAUUUUGAUGUGGGGGUGAGGAAUGGAGAAGAGUCAGGUUGAAGAGAUCCUGAAGAAAUACGAGUUUGGAGAGGUUCAAAUUUCUAUAUAAAGAGAUGAAAGCCAAGAAAUAAGUUUUUAAGA